AUGCAUGUCGUCGAACCACACCGAUUUCCUCUCGACCCCAAAGCACAGUACAAGCCCUCAGCACACACUUUAGAGCAGGCCAAUGCCUUCCUGAAUCAAAUCAACAUACAGAAAAUGGUUAUAGUUCAACCCUCCAUCUAUGGAAAUGACAACAGCUGCACACUUGCCGCUCUUCAACAACUGGGAUCCAAGAAAGGCCGCGCAGUAAUCCAGUUUGAUCCCAAAACCAUAACGCGGGCACAAUUGCAAGAAUGGCAUAAUCUAGGAGCCCGGGGCGUGAGACUCAAUUUCAAAAGCGUCGGUGCCAAUCCGAGACAGAAUGAAAUCCAGGCGACGAUGAGAGAAUAUGCCGAUGCUGUGCGCUUUCUCAAGACAUGGGCCUUGGAGCUAUACAUUUCCAUGGAGAAUGUUACUAUGCUCGAGCCAGCUUUCGUGGAAUCUUUAGGCGUCAAGAUUAUCAUUGACCACUACGGGCAUCCCACCAACGAGACACUCAGCAAAGCUCAAACGGCACAAGACGUUCCAGGAUUUGAUACCCUCGUGAGUUUGCUGAAAGACGGCAAUACCUGGGUCAAAUUAAGUGCUGGUUAUCGUUUGUCGAAAGAUCCCGAUAAUGCUUUGGUGAAGAGUCUAUGCCAGGAGAUCCUGAAAGCGAAGCCCGAUCGAUGUGUGUUCGCCACCGAUUGGCCACACACGCGAUUCGAGCAUCUGUUAGUUGGAGAAUACCUGGAGAAAAUGUUAGAUUGGUGUGAGGAGAUGAAGAUUGAAUUAGAGCAGGUCUUGGUCAAGAACGCGGACGUGUUGUUUGAUGCCUUGGAGCAGUAA